GUCGUCGUCCACCCAUCUCGCCAGUUCCAGCACUUUCCAUGUAUUCAUUUAUCAACAAGAAGAAGGCAAUAAAAUAACAAAUAUAUGUACAUAACAUCACCCAUUACAGAGUUACAUUUACGUAAAAAUAUUACUCCUUAUCACUCCUAUAAAAUUCCAUUCACUCGAUCGCAUCCAAAAAUCCAAUAAUAAAAUAAAGAUCAAGUUUAAUCCACCAAUUUAAUCCAGUAGUUUUGUACAACCUUAAAUUCAAACGGGACAAACAAAAAGAAACCUAUAAAUAAAUUUUGGAUUUACAAAUAAUUUUGAAAAAAAUACAAGUGGCGUUGAAACAUUACAUAAAAAUUUAAAAAGAAAUAUAAUAACAAAAUGUGGAAACGAUACUUAUAUUUCCUGCUGGUCGUCAAUUUGGACAAGUUUAUUGAAGUGGAUGCCUUAUCGCCACCACCGCAGGACCCCGACUGGCCCGGCUGGUGGUGUUCCGGCUCCUACUUGGGCGAACAGGGCGUCAAAUGUCUCAAAGUCCUACAGAACACCGCCACCCCGGAAGAAUCUGGACCCAUCUGCGCCUCCCAGAAACGUUCCGGCGACCUCUUGACGCCCACCAUGCUCUCCAUAAAUUCCAAGGAGGACGAAGACCUCGCCAUUUCGGCCAUCAUGUGGGGCGCCUACCUUUGGGAGGGGGGCUCCAUCGGCGUCUGGGUUUCCCCCAGUUCUUACCGCGACCUCAAACUUUCCGAGUCUUCCUUCUCCUCAAGCCCGCUAACUUCAAACUCGUCAUCAAACUCGCCCCUCAACGCGGCCGCGGUUUCCCUGGGAAUUUCGAACUAUUCCAAUUCCGAGUUUCGAAUUAACCGAAAUACGUCCUCGUGGUCGUCAAACACGAGAAGAUCGUCGCCCUCGUCGGUUUCGGGGAACACGUGCGGCGAGCUGCGGAUAGAUGUCGCGUCGCAUGGGUCCCUAGGACAACCGUCCGGAUACGGGUUUAAUCCGAGCACGAUUUCCUGGUGGCCGAAACCAUGUUACGAAAAGUCCCGGGUAGUUUGUGCCACGAGGAAGUUGACGGUGACCGGGUUGUUGGAUACGAUCACCCGCCAGAAGAAUGAGUUGGACGAUAUGCGGAGGAAAAUGGGGCAGAUUGAGAAGGAUUUUGAUACCGUGAAGGAUUCGCAUUGCGGGGUGGAUCCGAAAGAAAGGGUGGAAUGUGGGUGGGGUGGGAUUAAGCAGUGGCAGUGUAAAUCGAGGGGGUGCUGCUAUGAUAAUACGGCGGGGGGGAAGUUCUGCUUUAAGAAGGUCUCGGACCGUGCCAAAUUCGUGGAGACGAAGAGUUUGAACAAUUAAUUAAACGUGUCAAAAAGUGACAAUGUGGGAUUUUUUGAGCAGCACUCUACUACAUAAACGCAAUCUUAAGUACACAAUAUAAAACUACAUUCAAACUAAUUAAGAAUUACUUUCCUAUAAUAAAUAAGUAUGUACGUUAUUAAUUAACCAUCAAUAAAUUGAAUAUAUUGUCAAUUUCGAA